CCUCUGUCCAUCCAUCUCCGUCCUCCUACUAGCCUCCUCUUCUUCCAAGGCUCCAUGGCUGCGGAGUGUCUACUCAUUAUUAAAACAAUGCGCUGCCGAUGAAACCGUGGCCGCCGUAUCGCGGCGCGCCGGAUCAAUUGAGAUGGAUGGGCCCCUGGGCCUGCUGCCAGCGCACGACGGCAGCACCAUCUCCAUCUCCACCACACCUCAUUCUCCUCCUCCUCCUCUUCCUCCUCCUCCUCUGGCUGCACCCUCCCGACGACCAUUCCAGCCGCCGCCGCCGCCGCACCUGCGACACCAGAGACGCCCCCGCGCGCGUACCACGUCCAGCGGCACCGCCCCCUCGGCGUCUGGCUCGGGUCACUCCUUCACCGUCGCCAACUUCAAUCGCGGCAUCAUCUACCUGAGGCCCGUCGUGCGCGCCCCGAGCCAGCGACACCACCACUCUCCGCCCACCGACACCUUCACCUUCCCUCCCCAUACUCCCCCCGACAGCGCCACAGUCGACUCCCGCCAUUUGAGCAAUGACGGAUCCGAUUCCCGCCUCGACUACACCACGCUGCCUCCCGCCCUAGGCAGAGAACAUGCCCGAGACGACCGCGCCGCUCCCUUCACCUCCUCUCCACCUCGUCUCGCCCCUCACACUCGCUCGCGCUCCUUCUCUACCGUUGAUGCUCACACCCUCACCUCUCAUAGCACCGAACCAGGCACUUUCAAGGUUGUCAUUGAGCGCCCACCCUUUGGUCGCCCCAAAACUGCAGAUACCGCCGCUGCGCCUCUGCUCGAGGUCCCCAUCCCGCACUACCGCUUGGGCACGCCGCGUUUCAGCGCCCACGGCACCCCGAUUCUGCGCAGCUCCGUCUAUACCCGCGCUUCUGGGACUGACGAUUUCCGCAGUACGCUCCUCAGCCCGUUGCGAGCCACUCACUCCUUCCUAUCAUCCCGUCCUCGUUCGGACGUCUACUCACCCGCUCCAGCAAACUACCGCACCACCAUGGAACCUGGAACAGUGCACGCUGCCAGUGUUCCUUCUUCCGCACGUGUUUCAAAACUGCCAAUUGGACCUCAGGUGUAUGAUGACCUUACAAUCAACCCAGACGACCCCGCCGUAGUCCGCUUUUCUCCUUCAGGUGAUAUACUUGGAGCCACUCCCUCACGCCUCGUUGCUCAUAUAACGUCUCCAAGCUUUCUGGAUUAUGAGCUGCUAUCCGACUUUUUCCUGACAUUUCGAUCGUUCCUGUCAUGUCGUGAUCUCGUCGCUUAUCUGAUAUCCCGAUUGCAAUGGGCUGUCAACAGGCAAGAUGACUUUGGCCGCAUUGUACGCGUGCGCACAUUUGUCGCGCUGCGGCAUUGGAUCCUCAACUAUUUCGUAGAUGACUUUCUCCCCGUAUAUUCCCUACGAGUCCAUUUCUGCGAUCUGGUCAACACCUUAUACAAGGCCCUCAAAGCUCGCGAGGACGGAGGCGGAGGCGACAUCAAAAUAGUAGGGGAGCUGAAGAAGUGCUGGAGGCGUACUUGUGCGCUACAUUGGGACAGUGAAGAUGGUAUCGGCAGAGACAUGGCAGAUGAGGAUCUUCUCCCUGGUGGCCAACCUGACUCGUCGAUUGCCUUAGAACGCCCCCAGAUUUUACCAAUGCCUUCGGGCCCGCCCGGGCAAGUCGAACCUACCGCCAAAUUGGAGACGACAGGAUCAAAUCCGAACGAUCAGUUUGCCAGCGGCCACAUUGACUGGGCUCGAGGCCUUCGCCAUACCCCUCAAAAUUCGCUCAGCUCGCCUUUUGUACCCUGCCAGGAGUAUGGAGGCCCCAAGGUCCCCCUCUCGCCGGAGAGCGAACGUAGUAUUCCAGUACUGUCCUGUUCCAUUCCAAUGCGGCUACUACACAGAGCUGAUUCUCCGCCCGACGCGCCUCUGUAUCCGCACCCGGUCCCAAACGCUCCCACGCCUCGUUUUGCACCCAGUCCUCCUUUCUCGAGCCCUAGUAAAAGGCUGAACCGGCCAUCCCAUUCCCACAAACGAAGCGGAAGUUUCUCCGAUGCGUUGAGGGAUCAAAGAGCACCCCUCCCGAUUCCAAAGAAUGCCGCGCCGGAUGUAAGGCUAUCUGCAUUGUCAACAGUACCUGGUAGCUUGAUUCGGGGUGGCAUUUUCCUGCCAGGCUCGCCGUUCAUGGACGUGAAGAACGGUGGAUUGCGCCAUACAAGAUCUCAUCUACAGCUUGAACAGGUGGACGGAGUAGGUGAAGAGCUGCACAUUCGUGGCGGUCAUGGACCCAAUCCGGGGAUGAAGAAAAUCUUGGGCAGUGUGCGGCGAGCGUUGAGCAGCAAGCAACCGUCGAUAACUGCUCCUCAUCUUGGUGCGGCUGCGCAUUCUCAUCACACUAUGAACCCCAAUCGAAGCUCGCAUGCCGCAUUGGUCUCAACAGCCUCAGGAGGAGUUCACAAACGCAGAUAUGCACGGCAACGGCCUCAAGUCAGAAUUGACAUGCUUGCCUCAAAAGUCGCUGACAGUUUUCGGGAAGCAAUCAAUCAGCAAGCGCGAGAGGAUCAACAACCUCAUCCGCCGACCGAUUCUAAGGGUGAUUUGAGCGAGUUUGUUUUUGACUUCGAGGCUAAAGAAACACCUCCUCCUGCACCUGCUUCCAACACUGCUAGUAAGCAGGAUCAACUGCGCCUAUAUAGCAACAUCACAGUGGGCAGCAAGUCCAUUGUCAUCAUGGAUGAUACCGGUCCACCUGACCUCCCGUUCAUGUCGGGAGCUCUACUCAACCCUCCAGCUGACGGCGAACCCGUUAUGGCAACGGUUCCAACACCUCCGCAACCACGCUCAUCGAUGGGCGAACCACUGGCGGUGAGUACGACCCCAGGUCCAGCGCAGACUCCUCGCCACAGCAACAUGGAUGCCCACAUUCCAAGCGAUAGACGAGUUUCUACUGAUUCUGCUUCGCAUCCCCCAAGUCAGAGACAAUCCCGGUCAGAGGGUCGCGAAAAUUUGCACUCGUCCCGAGGACGCGGUUCAACCAUGGCUUCGAUGACGGGGCCCACAUCACUCAGGAGACAUGCAUCUCAUAACAGCGGACUCAGUCGACAGAAUACUACCGCCAGCAUGGCCAGCUUUCAGACUAUGUCAUCUCACAACGACCCAUUCUUCUUGGAUCGCCAACCAACUGCGCCGCCAGCCCCUAUGCGACAAUUGCGGCGCCGCCCCGGAGGCGAUUUGCGGGCUGUAGACAAUGUACACGAUCUGCAACAUAUACAGCGUCCAGCUUCCACUGGCUCAAUAUCAAAUCACACGCAUUCAGUAGCCAACUCCGUCAUUCUGCGGUCUGGUCAUUUCGUCGAAGCUUCCAGCGAACUGAACAACGCGCAUAACACGGAGCAGCCGGAAGUACCUAAGAAACCUAUAUCUCUGGUUGACACGCACUCCUCACAGCCCAAUCUAAGACCUUCUUUCGAGGCUGAAGUGGCCAAAUUGGCCGCUUUACCUGAUGACACAGAUGACGAUGGAGGUAUAGAAGCUGCUCUCAUGAAGCUUGAGGGCCGCUAUGAGAAGAAGACUCCCGACCCCUCACCGCGAACAACACUAAAUCCACAAGAUGGUGACCCCCCUGCCCACUUACGCGGUCACACCCUGGAGCGUAGUAGAGUACAAUCACACGCCGAUGCCCCUCAUAGUCAAUCACCGACAUCGCCUGGAGCCGACAAUCAGGGCCUGUACCACUCAUCUACUGAGCACUUCCACCGUCGUGUCCCGGAUGCCACCUCUGGCGUAGGAUCGGAUGACUCUUUCGCUGUCACACCACUUCUUGACCGGUUCCCAAUCGAAGUAGGAAAUUCGCCAAGAUCAGAGACAUUCCAGUCGAUGACUUCUUCGGCAAAACCUGAACCCCUCAAACCAAACAGUCCACCAACCUGGUUUGAUAGGCCCUCCCCUUCGGAUCUUGCGUCCCCGAAUUCGUCGGUUGAGCAUGUGCUUGAGACCGAGUCCCUGAAGAGGGUACCCAAGAAUGGAACUAUGCGAGGCUCCUCCAUACCCCGAGAGUCUUUCCUCCUUGACGACGAUGAGGACCUUUCCGACAUGGCCGACGAAGCUUCUGCGGCGGUUACUCGGUCGGAUGGGACGGGCCACGGCAUCAGGAGCUUCUUCGAUGACGAGCCCGCGGCGGCCGACGACGACAAAGAACCCCUUCCCAUGCAUCCUUUACACCAUCCGCCAACGCCGCCUCUCACGGCCAACAAGCUGGGCCAUAGUCCUCAAGUUAGCGCCACUGUUUUUGAUCGUGGCCUUCCAACGCCCGGCCUAACACCCACUUCACGGCUGAACAACCAGACUUUUGAAGAUGCCACCCAACUAGCAAAUAGUAAAACCGAACCCGCUAUUGAGCUGCAGGAACUCACCAAGGAUACCGAUCAACCACCGCCAGCGCACUUUCCAUUCGUCCUCGCUUUCGACUCGGAAAUACUUGCUCAACAGUUCACUCUGAUUGAGAAAGAUGCACUCGAUGAGGUUGACUGGAAAGAGCUGAUUGAACUCCGAUGGAAGCAAUCCUCGCCUCGUAUACGCGACUGGGUAGAGUAUCUCCGAACGGAGGACGCACGCGGCGUCGACGUCGUCAUCGCCAGAUUCAACCUCGUCGUGAAAUGGGUUGUUUCAGAGAUACUCCUCACCGAAGCCAUCGAAGAACGAGCCCACUGCAUUGUAAAGUACAUCCACAUAGCGGCUCAUGCGCGCCGGCUCCGGAACUACGCGACAAUGUACCAGAUCACAAUUGCGUUGUUGUCGUCGGAUAUCUCUCGCCUGAAGCACACCUGGGCGUUUAUCCCGGUCUCAGAGAUGCACACGAUGAGAGCUUUGGAGGCGCUUGUGCAGCCUCUGCGGAAUUUCCACAAUCUGCGGGUUGAAAUGGAGACGACUUCUGUUGAGGAAGGCUGUAUCCCCUUCAUCGGCAUCUAUACCCGUGACCUAAUUUAUAACGCGCAGAAACCGGCCUUCAUCGACACACGUCCCGUCGCCGGCGAGCGCCUUGUCAACUUUGAGCGGUACCGUACGGCUGCCAUGAUCGUCAAGAGUCUCCUGCGUCUCAUUGAGGCAAGCGCAAAGUACAGUUUCCGACCUGAUCCGAGCAUCAUCAGUAGAUGUCUUUGGGUGGCCGCCUUGACGGAUGAGGAGAUUACGAAACUGAGUCGGAGGUAUGAGUGAUGCCCCUCGCCCUGCGCAGGGGUGCUCACCAUCUCUCUGUCUGGCUCGCUCUCCCGUCAUCUUUUCUUUCCUAUUUCUCUGCACAUGUUACUUCAUCUUUCGGUGUAUUUUGUUGGGCUUUUUGGCCAUGUUAAUACCCCUUUAGCGGCGGCAUUAUUCUUACAUGCCCUUACCUUGUAUUCAGCUUG